AUGACAAAAAAACUAAAUAUUCUUAUUUUUAAUGAAAUUUUAAAUUAUUUAAUAUUCAAUAAUAAAUCAUUUCAAAAAAUUAUUGAAUACAGUUUAUUAUCAAAAUCUAUUUUUAAAAAAAUUCAAAAUUUAUUAGUUUCAUAUGAAUAUAAUAAAUUUGAAUUUAUUUUAACAACUGACGAAUUAGUUGAAUAUUUAAAAUUUAAUAAUAAUAAUAAUAAUAAUAAUAAUUAUAAUAAAAAAAUAAUUCAAUAUAAAGAUAUUGAAUUUAUUAGAUUUUCAAAUCUUGGUUAUCAAGGUAUAAGUAUUUAUUAUACAUUGAAUCAAUUUUGUAAGAAUUUAAAAAAGAUUUUUAUUCUUGAUGAAAUUAAAGCACAAUUUGAUAUUUCAUAUGACUAUACACAAAAUAAUAAAAUUAAAUUUAAAAAAUUAUCAAUGUCAUGGAGAAUUGGUGCACCACCAGUUUCAAUUAAAGAAAUUUAUAGAGAAACAUUCAUUGAAUCAAAUUAUACUUUAUCAAAAUGUCAUUUCACUUUUGAUUUCAUUAGAAAAUAUAAUCCAACAAAAAUUAAAAUUUCAACAACUUAUAUGUAUUUUAUAAAUUUAAAAUAUUUAAAUAAUUUAUUUAUUUCAAAUAAUAAUAAGAGUAAUAAUAAAAUUAAAUCAAUUAAAUUUAAAAAUCACAAAACUCCAAUUAAUUUUUUAAAUUUUUUAUUUAAUAAAGAAGGAAAUGAAAUAAAAUCAUUAACAGUCGAAUUUGAUCCAAAUAAAAUCAAUUUUGAAGAAAAGUUUUAUGAUUUUUUAAUAGGAAAUAAUAAUUUUAAAAAUAAUAAAAUUGCUUUAAAAAAAUUAAUUAUAAAUGAAUAUAAUUCAUGUUGUUCAACAAAUGAAAUCAAUUGGAGUAAUAAUCCAACUUAUUUUAUUGAAAAUAUUUUAAAAUUAAAUAAAUCAAUUAAUUCAAUUGGUUUUAAUAUUUUUCAAAUUAAAGAUUAUGAAACUUUAUCACCAUUAAAGCAAAUUUCAAAUAUUAAAAAAAUAUAUUCAAAUGAAAAUUCAUUUCAAGUAAUUUAUGAACAUUGUUUAGAAAAUUCAAAUAUUAAAGAAUUAAUAGUUGAAUUAACUUCAAUUAAUCCAAUUAAUUUUAAGAAUAAAAUUUUAUUACCAUUAAAAACUAUAACUUUAUUCAAAACAAAAUUAAAACAAUUAUCACUCUAUUCGGUAACUUUUAAAUUUCAAAAUUAUAAUGAUUAUUUAAAAGAUUCAUUCAAUCAAGAAUUAGAAUUAUUAUUUAAAGAAAUUUUAAUUUUAAAAUCAAUUUAUUUUAAAAUAAAAAUUAAAAAAUAA